AUGGCGGAUCAGGCAAACAGCCAGCAAGACAUGGACAUUGGUCCCCCGACCAAUAUAUGCCAUGUGGCUCACGUGACAUACGAUCGCUUCGAUGGCUUCCUCGGUCUCCCUUCUGAGUUCGAGCCUGACGUUCCCAAAAAAGCCCCCAGUGCAAGUGCAACAGUGUUUGGGGUUUCUACAGAGUCAAUGCAGCUAUCGUACGACUCUAGAGGGAACUGUGUUCCGGUCAUACUGUCGCUAUUACAAAGCCGACUAUACGAUCAAGGAGGUUUGAAAGUUGAAGGCAUUUUCAGAAUCACAGGAGAUAACAGCGAGGAGGAGUUUGUAAGAGAGCAGUUAAACCAAGGAGUUGUACCAGAGGGGAUCAAUGUCCACUGUCUUGCCGGACUUAUCAAGGCUUGGUUCAGAGAGUUGCCGAGAGGAAUACUUGAUUCUCUGCCGUCUGAACAAGUGAUGCAGUGUGAGACAGAGGAGGAGUUUGUGAAGGUAGUGAGAUUUUUACCGCAGGCGGAAGCUUCUCUGCUGAAUUGGGCAGUGAAUCUGAUGGCUGAUAUUGUAGAGUUUGAAGAUGUUAACAAGAUGACCACACGUAACCUUGCUUUGGUCUUUGCGCCAAACAUGUCUAAGAUGGCAGAUCCUCUAACAGCGUUGAUGUAUUCGGUCCAAGUUAUGCACUUGCUGAAGAACCUCAUAGACAAAACACUCAGAGAGAGGAAAGUUGCAUCUUCCCAAAUGGAUCCUUGUGGUGACAGUGAAGGUGAAGUUGGUGAUGUGGAAGAAUACAAUCAAGAAGAAGAAGAAGACGACAAAGGUGUUGAUGAUGUGAACAAGGAAGAGGAGAUCAUGGUCAAGGUGGAAGAUGAAGUCAAACCAUCAAAUGAUUUGAAUUUCGAUAAGGAAAAGAAACAGGAAACAGGAAACAUGAAGACAGAUGUUGGAAAAUUCACAUCCUUUUAA